AUGUCCUCCCCUCGACCCGCACCCAUGACAACGUCGACAGACGAGCUAGGCGCCUACAGCGAAGGCGAGCUCCUCGACGACGCCAUGUCCGAAUCGCUCUCGGCCAUCGAACCGUUGUCGCCCAAGUCGCUCAAGGCGAUAUCCAACUUGGCGCGGUACAAGCCGCCGCCGGAUCCUUAUCCGUUCCCUGAAGGUCGCUCUGCCGUCCUCGUCUGCCUCUUCGGAUCACGCUCGGGGGACAACCUGAACGUCUUGCUGUCGACGCGCAGUCAGACCCUGCGGACAUACCCCGGCCAAGUCGCUUUGCCCGGCGGGAAGAUGGACGAUACAGACAUCAACCUUGAAGCGACCGCUCGACGAGAAGCUUUCGAAGAAGUAGGCCUGCCGAUAGAUACGACUCGGAUACGAUACCUCACGUCGCUGCGGCCUUUCCUCGCCCGGUCAAUGAUGCUUGUCACGCCCGUCGUCUGCUUUGUUCUGGAUUACUCACUGAAGCCCGAACUGAACCCCUCCGAAGUCUCCGACCUCUUCUCCUUCCCUCUCGAAGCAUUCCUCACCGCCAACCCCUCCCAUCGCGUCUUCCACCACCCGCACCCCGACUCCGUCCUCGAAGGCAAGACGCCCUACCACACCGUCGAAGACUACCCCUGGUUCGACGGGCGGAAACACCGCUUUCAUGCGUUCGAGGCGCAUCCGCAACCUAUUGUUGGGCUGACGGCGGAGAUUCUGAUACAUGUCGCAAUGCUCGCUUACAACCGCUCGCCCGACUUCCUUCUCCGCGCGCCCGACGAGAUGUCCCAACGCGACCUCAUCCGACGAGCGAUGAAAGAACCAAAGUUUCACGAGUUCCGCAGGAAGUGGAGGGAGAAGAGGCCGGUCAUGGAGAGGGAGGGGAAGUUGUGA